AUGGCUCUUAGAAACGUGAUUAUAAUUGGAGCAGGCGGCCAUCUUGGCCCCUCCAUCUUAUCUGCAUUUCGUGGCGACUCACAAUUCAAUGUCUCUGUCCUGAGUCGUCAGUCAUCAAGCUCAAAGUUCCCCGAAGACACCAAAGUAUAUCGGGUGGGUGACUAUCCAUAUGAGGAAGUACUUUCAGCUUUCAAGGAUCAAGAUGCUGUUGUCUCCGCUAUUGCUAGCUACAGCAAGUGCAGCACAAUAACCUCGUCUUCGUUUGUGACGGCCCUUUCUUCGAGCUGGUUUGGUAUCCCUAACCGCAAAGCAGUCAUCUACAACGACGGAGAAGGCUCUUAG